AUGCGCUACAUAUCACCGGUGCUAGGAAUUCAGUUCAUGAAUCUUGGAUAUUGGCCUACAGAGGAUUCAGCUGAAGAUGACGCAGAAAUGAUGCAGAUUGUUAAAAGGAAUUCCACACAAACAGAUCCGGAUCGUCCCCAUUACUACUUAUAUGAGCGAGCUCUGAUGGCACAUCCCGAUUACCCGACUCUAGACAAUUUGCAACUAAUAGAAGUCGGAUGUGGACAAGGAAAUGGAAUCAAAUGGAUCAAAAGGGCACAUCCCCAUAUAAGAGCACUGAAGGGAAUUGAUCGUUGCGCAAUAAAGGAAACGUGCAUGAUCACAGGUGAUGCACACAAUCUGCCCUUUGACGACCACCAAUUCGAUAUAGUGCUCAAUGUAGAGUCGUCUCAUCUCUACCAUGACUGCGAACAAUUCUUCCGUGAAUGUGCAAGAGUUUUGAAGAAAGGUGGAUAUCUUUGCUGGAUCGAUUUGCGAUAUCAAUCACAGGCAAAAAAUGAACAGAUUCAGGUUCAUAGCACUCGCCAACAAGCAAUGAGAGCAGGAUUAGUUGAAGAGCGAUGGGAUGAUGUGACGAAGAACGUGCUAGAGGGGAUAGAACGAACAGCAUCGCGUUAUGAUAGAAUGCUAGAAAAGGAACCCACACCAAUGCGAGAUUCGCCAAUAAUGAGAAAGGAUAUUUUGCUGCUUUGUGGAGGAAUAAAUGAUUUGACGAGUGACGUUAGUGCAUCACCAGCACUGCCCUUGCUCAAUUACGAGAAGAAAGUGUGGAGAAAGAUCUCAUGA